AUGAGGCAGCUGCCAGUCCGACCAGGCAGUCUGGCUUGUUCGGGCUGCAAAGCGGGAAGGCUAGUGACAGUCCCCUUCAGCAGCCAAGAUGCAGAGGGCCAAGGAAGCAAUGAAAGCAUCCGAUGGCAGCCUCCUUGGAGACCCAGGGCGCAUAACACUGAACAAAAAGGAAGGCAUCAAGUGGCAGAGGCCACGGUUCACCCGCCAGGCCCUGAUGCGAUGCUGUUUAAUCAAGUGGAUCCUGUCCAGUGCUGCCCCACAAGGCUCAGCAGUGACAGUGAACUGGAGUUGUCCACGGUGCGACACCAGCCAGAGGGCUUGGACCAGCUGCAGGCCCUAACCAAGUUCACCAAGAAGGAGCUGCAGUCCCUUUAUCGAGGCUUUAAGAAUGAGUGUCCCACAGGCCUGGUGGAUGAAGAGACCUUCAAAGUCAUCUACUCACAGUUCUUCCCCCAGGGAGAUGCCACCACCUAUGCACACUUCCUCUUCAAUGCCUUUGAUGCUGAUGGGAACGGGGCCAUCCACUUUGAGGACUUCGUGGUUGGGCUCUCCAUCCUGCUCCGAGGGACGGUCCAUGAGAAGCUCAAGUGGGCCUUCAAUCUCUAUGACAUUAACAAGGAUGGUUACAUCACCAAAGAGGAGAUGCUGGCCAUCAUGAAAUCCAUCUAUGACAUGAUGGGCCGCCACACCUACCCUGUCCUGCGGGAGGACGCACCUCUGGAGCAUGUGGAGAGGUUCUUCCAGAAAAUGGACAAGAACCAGGAUGGAGUGGUGACCAUUGACGAGUUUCUGGAGACCUGUCAAAAGGACGAGAACAUCAUGAGCUCCAUGCAACUGUUUGAGAAUGUCAUCUAGGACACAUGGGAGGGGACCCUGGGUGGUCAUUGCUUCUCAGCCCGGAGAAGCCUCAAUCCUGCCUCACAUGAGCAGCCUCUAUGAGAAACAUUUUUCUAAUAUAUUUGCAAAAACUGAACAGUUUACUCCCAAGACAGACACACAGACACAGUCUUUCUCUUUAUCACACACACACACACACACACACACACACACACACACACACACACGGUUCCUCUGGCUUGGCAGAGGAGGUGGCAGCCAGAAGGCACCCCCAGCUAUUCCCAGGUCAAUAGAUGAGGCUACCUCUGGGGUGGCCAGCCCUGGAUGUUACACAGAAGGAGCUCAGAGCCCAAGAGGGCUUGGUCUACAAAAGCGAAGGUCCCUUGUGUCCUUUCUACUGCUUGAGAGACCAGGCUACUCCCUGCCCAUGGACCUAUGUUUCUAGGAAGUUCCCAGAAACCCUGCAGGGACCAAGAGGGAAGAGGUCUGAGUAGUGAUAAAAUGAUGGUUUGAUCGAAGCUGAGCCUGUAGCUUCAUGCUAAUGCUCAUCUGGGGUCCUAGAACCGCAGGGCCAGGCCACCUAUUGUGGGCUGAGUGGCCUUUGGGCUAUGUCCUUUAAGAGCAGGGCAGGAUGGAGGGUUUUGGAGACGCUGGGGGAACAAAUUGUCCACACUAUUGGGUGACGGACCAGACUAUCAGCUGGCCAAUGGGAAUGUGGUGGGCGGAGCUCUCCCAACUCCUACCAGGCUGGCCUCUCCAAGGUCCUCUUUGGUUCUAGAGGGGGGGUCACCUGGCUCAGGGACUGAUAACCAGGGAACUGGACUGUAUGGGAAAGGCCUGGGGGUGGAGGGGGGUUCCCUCCUCUUCCCUGGCCACUUGCCACCCAGUUCCUUGUCACAAUGGAUAGGCCACAGCACUGUGGCUGCCCUUGAAAAGGCUCAUCCCAACCCAUACAAAAAGCACAAACACCCUAGCAUCUCAGGCCAUGCCCACAAGGGGAAGCAGGGGGCUCCCUGGUUGGGGGUGGGGAUCUGUGUCCCCGCAGCCCUGACUCAGUGACCCGAGGAAGAAUCCAUCCUGUGCCUCAGAGCCUUGGGGGUCUCACAGCUCUUCCCCAGCCCAGCUCGCCAACAUUCUAAAGCACAAACCUGAGGACUGUGCUCGCCUGAGCUGCACCCUGGGGAUGGGAGACCACAUCAGCUCUAAGCUGAAGCUAGCCAUGAGCAUGGGGACCUGUGACCAGGCAAGGUCAACAGACCCUCAGGAGGAGAGAGAGCUGUUCCUGCCUGCCCAGGCCUCCCCCAUAAGGGACCAUGUCCCAGGCAGCAUGUUACCCAGAGGAACAUUCCCACAAAAUACAUUCCAUCAACUGCAGCCCAGUCUCUGCCCAGGCCCAGUUCUGAGAGUCCCUGGGUGUUCCCCAGAAGGCCAGCCCCAGGAUAAGGGAAGUCUCCAGAGGAAAGGCAGGGUGACAGUGACCCCCAUACACAGGUGGACUCCCAUCUCAGGGCUGCACUGAUCCCAUCUCCAUCCUGAUUGGGGGUCCCCUUCACCCCAUCUAGAGACCAUCAGCUUUCCCUGGCUCAGGGACCUCCCCUACCCCAGCCUGGCCCUUCCCACUGGGGUUCCUGUGCUUGUGAGAAACCAAGGCCACAGGAGAAGAUUACCAUUCUAGCCUGCCCCACCCCUUAGCCUCUGGCUGCACGCCCAACCAGGGGGUCUGUCCCCCUUGCAGGGGGACACAGACUGGCCGCAUGUCUGCAUGGCAGAAGCGUCUCCCUUGGGUGCAGCCUGGGAGGGUGGUUCCUGUCUCAGUGCCCACCAAUAUUCAGUCCUAUAUAUUUUAAUAAAAUAAACUUGACAAAGGA